UUUAAUAACAGUGCUUCCCCUCCCGAACAAAAUCAAUUCCAAGGCUAUUAUUCUGCGUGUCAAUCAGCUCGUCCCUAACCAAACCCCUCUGGACACCGUUGUCGGUCGAGAUGGCCUUGUCUCACCUAAAAUCGUUUUCAUACAGAUCCAAUCUAGUCAAACCUCUAGCCACCGCCUUUUCUCUCCGCCGUCAGAUCUCCACCUCCACCGAUCCCAUCACAAUUGAGACCUCCGUUCCCUUCGCCACUCACAGAUGCGACCCUCCAUCACGCACCGUCGAGACCAAUCCCCAGGAGCUCCUCUCCUUCUUCCGCGUCAUGGCCACGAUGCGCCGUAUGGAGAUAGCCGCCGACUCUCUCUACAAGGCCAAACUCAUCCGUGGAUUUUGCCACCUCUACGAUGGUCAAGAAGCCGUGGCCGUUGGAAUGGAGGCUGCAAUUACCAAAAACGACAGCAUCAUAACUGCCUACCGCGACCACUGCACGUUUCUCGGGAGAGGUGGGACCCUCCUGGAGGUGUUUUCGGAGCUGAUGGGACGACAGGGCGGUUGUUCGAAUGGGAAAGGUGGGUCCAUGCAUUUCUAUAAGAAGGAUAGCGGGUUUUAUGGAGGGCAUGGUAUAGUGGGAGCUCAAGUACCCUUAGGCUGUGGAUUGGCAUUUGCCCACAAGUAUAACAAGGACGACGCCGUCGCUUUUGCUUUGUAUGGAGAUGGUGCUGCUAAUCAAGGACAGUUGUUCGAGGCCCUUAAUAUCUCCGCUCUUUGGGAUCUUCCUGUCAUUUUGGUCUGCGAGAAUAAUCAUUAUGGAAUGGGGACAGCUGAGUGGAGAGCCGCCAAGAGUCCAGCAUACUACAAGCGUGGAGACUAUGUUCCUGGCUUGAAGGUUGAUGGCAUGGAUGCUUUUGCUGUGAAACAAGCAUGCAAAUUUGCGAAGGAGCAUGCUUUAAAGAGUGGACCUAUUAUACUUGAAAUGGAUACCUACAGGUAUCAUGGUCAUUCUAUGUCUGAUCCUGGGAGCACCUAUCGUACCCGUGAUGAGAUCAGUGGCGUGAGACAGGAACGUGAUCCAAUUGAACGAAUAAGAAAAUUGAUAUUGACUCAUGAUCUAGCUACUGAGAAAGAGCUAAAGGAUAUCGAAAAAGAAGUGAGAAAACAAGUAGACGAAGCCAUUGCUCAAGCCAAGGAAAGUCCCAUGCCAGAUCCUUCAGAACUUUUCACCAAUGUAUACGUGAAAGGUCUGGGAGUUGAGGCAUAUGGAGCUGAUAGGAAAGAAGUUAGAGCUGUGCUUCCCUAAGCUAAAUCUCCCUACCAGCCAACAAAUGAGAAUGAUAGAAUAAGGUGAAGACGAGCAUGCAUUUAUUCCUGCGUAAUUUUGAUUUCCACACUUUUGUAUAGAAAACUGGUUCUUCUCAAGUUGUGGGGCAGGAUUAUUCUCUCGUGUAGCUUUUCUUUGGGGAGCUACAGUUUGAUACCCCUAUGAUUUUUAUUAAAAUGAGUUGCUAGUGUGCUAGAGAAUGCAAUAACAUCCGAGAAUGCGUAAUUUUGAUUUUUUCCGUGUUUGUCAAAUUGACAACAAUAAGAUCUCUCCACUUCUCCGUGUCAA